AUGUCAGGAAUUUGUUUGGCUCGUCUUACUGAAGAGCGUAAACAAUGGAGGAAAGACCAUCCAUAUGGCUUUUAUGCAACGCCAAUUAAAAAGGAAAAUGGAUUAGAUAUGUUGACCUGGAAAGUUGGAAUUCCAGGAAAAAAAGGCACACUAUGGGAAAAUGGUGUUUACAAAAUGGUCAUGAUUUUUCCAGAUGAUUAUCCCUUAAAACCGCCUACAUGUAAAUUUGAACCUCCACUUUUUCAUCCUAACAUUUAUACAUCUGGGGUGGUUUGCCUUUCAAUUAUAAAUCCAUAUGGUGGAUGGAAACCUGGUAUUAACAUUAAACAGAUCUUGUUAGGCAUUCAAAAUCUUUUAGAUGAACCAAAUCCCAAUAGCCCCGCACAUAACGAAGCUUACAAUUUAUACAAGAAAAAUCGUUUUGAGUAUGAAAAUCGAAUAAGAAAACAAGCCGAGGAAAAUUCUGAAAAGAAUAAUUAA